AUGGCAGCCACCACAACUCAUCCCGCCUCUUCAGCAGGGAGCUCGAUCUUCGCCGCACCUCAAUGGGUUAAAUCAAUUUACUCAAAAUUUCCUCUAGUGGUAUUGGAACAAGAAGAUGAAGUGGAAUGGAAAGUGAGAGCAAGGGAGAGUCCUGAUCAUUCAGUAGAGUUGUGGAUACACCCACCAUCGAAUAUAUCUCACACUCAUUCACGCUCUUGGACUUCCUCUUCACCCACUUCACUUCGAACGCAUCUUCUUUUCCUACUUCGAGAAACAUCAACUCCAGUACCUGUUUCAUUCAGAUCGUGGUCUAACGAGUCAUCUGUCCCUGGAGGCACUCUACCUUGUUUACAUAUUCCCAAUCAGGAUAGACUAUUACCCGCUCAAGAGGUCAGAGGUUGGUUGGAAAGUACUUAUCCCUUGAAAGGGAAAGGGAAAGAAUUGCAAGGCCUUCCUUCUCAAGAGAUAUACGAUCGUGCACUUGCACUUUCCCAAUUGAUCUUAGGAAAUCUUUAUCCUGCUUAUCUAGCUUCAUUACCUAAACAAUCAUCAAUAUUUCCCCUAUUAUUCCCUGUUCCACCUCCUUUAUCAGCAGGCUUAACGACUCCACUACCAGCUUCUCUGACUGGGGAUUCUAGAGAUAUUGAUAAAGACGAAGUCAUACGUAAAGGUGUAGAAGCUCUAGAAGCUAUCGAAGUGAUUUUGGAAAGUACAAAAGAGAAAGAUGGAUGGUUAUUCGGUUCAAAAUAUCCGACUGCAAUAGAUGCUUUAGUCACUUCACAUAUACAUGUGAUGUAUUCUUUACCUCAAGAAUCGGUUCUAAGAAAUACGGUAGGAUCGAGACGAAGUAUCGGAGAAUACGUCGAAAGAGUUUUAGAUUAUGCAGAGAAAAGAAUCAGAGGUUGA